AUGACUGAGGAAUAUCUUUGGACCCAGGGACGAGCUGACUCAACAGCCAAGGAAUUGUUCACUCCUUUUAAAAGCUCCAGACCGGCCCCAGGAAUUCACUGUAGUGGAAAGCUUUACACUGGUACGGAAGUCGGUUUUCAAAAGCUAAUAGAUUGCCGUCGAGUUACAGGAUAUAAGUUUGAUUUGGCAUUAUUGUUAUCAAUUUUCGGUGGAUUGCUUGGCCUAGAUCGGUUCUAUCUUGGAUACCCGGCCUUGGGUUGUUUGAAAUUUUUCACAUUCGGUGGUUUUGGUCUCUGGUAUCUGGUCGAUAUACUCCUGAUUUCGGUUGAAACUGUAGGCCCUGCGGACGGAUCGUCAUUCCUUCGACCCUACUACGAUCCUACAGUAACACUUCUGUGCCGGACUAACUUUACGGUGUAUAUUGGCUGA